CUUUGCUAUCUUCGCAACCCAUAGCUUUACAAACUUCUCGUUGGCCAGCUAACAACGGCAACUUAGCUGAAGCACGAGUUUUAACUUGGAUUUACUAGCAAAGAACAGCAUGGCGUCGUUCAGAAUUGACGAUAUUUUAGCGCGACCACAAGUAUCCCGGUCCGAAACUAGCAGUGGAAUUGGUGCAUCAACCCCGAUACCAAAUUAUCAACAGUUAAGCUUUGGCGUAGACCAAAUACUCGCACGACACGAAACGGAACAAAGAGAAAGACUACCUGUGUUAGGUGCUUAUCCACUGGUUCCUAAUGCAUGUGAUCACUUACACACAACAUAUUGGGCUUCACCCUAUUUAGCUGCGCAUACGCAGCCUUUACUUUAUGGAUCACUCCUUCAUUCAAAUUGUGAAGCUUGCUACAGCCAUACUCCAUACUCAUACAGCUCAUUAACAGCAGGAAUGUAUGGCGAAUAUGGCACCUCUGUUCUAAACAAAACUAUAUCAGGCCAAGUUCUACCCGGCCAACCAAAGCCGAGGAAACCAAGGAGGCCCUGGACAAGGGCAGUGUUUUCUAAUCUUCAGAGGAAGGGACUGGAAAAACGCUUCCAGCUACAGAAAUAUUUAACAAAAUCCGAUCGACAUCAGGUGGCAUCUAUGUUAGGGUUGUCUGACAACCAAGUGAAAGUCUGGUUUCAAAACAGGCGAAUGAAAUGGAGACAGGAAGCGAGAGAGACAAUAGCUACCGGAAGCCCUGAGGAAGGUUCAGAUAAGCAAGACCAGUAGUUUACAUUUCCUCGCGGUCGCACUAUUUUUAAGUUCAAGGAAGAGAAAGACCUAUCAUCUCUUCACCGAGCAAUAAAAUAAAUUAGUUACGGAUGAAAAUAUCUAUCCGAAGUUAGUUAAAUCCCGGAGUUUAAAUUAUUAGGUGAUAAACUUAUCAUCUCCGUGUACAGAAGUUUAGAAAUUCUUGACGUAAAUUCCAAUUGCCCAUUUCUUGUAAGUCCUGAUGGUAACCGGAUUCAAAAGCUGGUUUUUUUACUUUGUGUACAUUUAGGAUCAAAAUAAUAGUGGCUGUGAUAUUCAAACCAUGAAAAUAUUAGUAGCAGAAACUUCUCUUUUCCUUUAUAGACCUAGAUUUUGAAAUAAGGCUUCGUACCCUUAAAGUAACCGGGACCUCGAGUAUGGGGCGUCAGGUCCAGUAAUUUGGUUAAGUUUCGUUUAAUCUACAGUCGAAUAAUCAUACACUCUAAGUCUGAGAGUUUUUGCGUAUUCUCGAGGCUUUGCUACCUUCCUCUUUUUACGAAAUUUUGAAAGCUGCCCGCAGUUUGAAAGCGAGGCUAGUUGGUAAAAUAGGCUCCUCUGGAUAAACUUUGGAUCGUGUAAAGGUUUCUGAUUGCUUCUAUUACAUGAUUUGUGAAAUCUAUGAGCUCAAAAGCUUUUGAAAACAGCAAUCAUAUGAUAAACCACGUACCAAGAAGGUGCCAAAUACGAAACUCAAACAUCAAGAUUGCUGGCAUUUGUAAAAAGGCAUAUACAUACAUAAAGUUCAAUGUUUAAAAAAGUGUUUACGCUGUCGUGAUUCGUUAUAACUUUUCAGAGGCUUUUCCUGUUAGAGAAAG